CCACCUGAGGCCGCUCACAGUGAACGGCAGCCGGACGUAAGAAACAUGUUCACCUUCAGAGUCGGGAAAAAAAACAUUGCGAAUCAAUGCAACGUCAUCAGAUGGUUUCUCCAGGCACUGACGUUCUUCAUCCUCCUGCUGUUCAUCGUCGUCAUCUUCCUGAAGCUCUUUGAUGACCCGAUCACAGAUAUAACUAAAAAUGCGCUGCUCACCGGUCGGACCUCCAAGAUGGACGCCAACGCAAAAGGGUCAUGCUCCAGGAAGAACGUCUGUCCAGCGAAUCACAUCGGCUUCUUCGUCCAGAGCGGCGCUGCAAACGUUGUUCCUCCAAAGAUCUGCGUCAACAACAACCUGGCUUUAGGAACCAUUAUGAACAACGCUGGCGGCGGCAUCAACAUCGUGGUGGUAAACGGUAAAUCCGGAGACGUCAUGAAGACGGAUCACUUCAACAUGUACAGCGGCAGCGUGGAGCCGCUCAUCGAGUUCCUGAAGGACAUCGAGGCGGGUUCUGUGGUUCUGAUGGCCGUCUUCGACGAGGGAUCCACAAAGUUAAAUGAGGAGGCCCGGACUCUGAUCUCGGACCUGGGAAGCUCCACCAUCCAUUCCCUGGGAUAUCGGGAUAACUGGGUGUUUGUUGGUGGGAAAGGAACGACGGGGAAAAGUAACUUUGAGAAGUUGGGAGUGGAGCUGUAA